AUGUUUGAUUAAUAAAUUAAAUCUCUCCAGUGUGCAGCAUUGGAAACACAAGCCUAUUAUGAUGUGUAUUGGCAAAUACCUUAAAAACAAGCUGCUGCUUAUAACAUGCUUCUCGAUAAAGUCUAGAGCCUUGAAACAAAAAUUUAAGCUGAUUUCAAAUAGAUUCAACUGCAUCCAUAAAUCAUGGAAAUCUUAAACUAUUUCAAUCAAACUUAAACAUCUGUUAUCCCAAAAAUAAAAGAGACUACUCAAGUUCUAUUUUUAAGUCCACCUUCAGAGGAUCCUAAAUAACAUUACAUUAAAUCUAUUGAAAGAUUGUGGUCUCUUUUAUUAAAUAAGAACCUCUAAGAAGAUUUGAUUUAUUUUGAAGCCGAAAAGCAAAUAUUUUAGAAUCUGAAUAACUUUUUGCAAUGUAAAGGCUUAAAACAAGUGUUCUUAGAACCUUGUACAAUUCCUGUACUUAGCAAUUAUCCCAAAUGGCUUAGUCAAAGUUUAAUUAAAAUACUUCAAUCGUAUUAAGGAGGGUACCUACAAAUUGCAGAUAUUGAUUAUCUUGCAGAACUUCAGAUUAUAUUCAUUCACUAACACUUGAAAUACAAAUUUUCUUAGUUAAAAUUAAAAAAUAGCAAUAGAAGCAAAAAUGAACCAAAUACACAGUCACAAUCCAAUGGACCUAAUGCUCGUAAUUCUGAAUUGGAUAUUCAGUAAUCUUAAUCUCAAUAGAUUUUCUACUCCGCAUAAUCCAAGCAUAGGACCAAAAACCCUCUUGUUUCAAAUUGGUUUCAUUUCAAGACUUACUCAAACCUCAGAUCCAAAGACACUGGCGGUUUAAUUAGGAAACAUAAAGCAGUAUCAAGUUCUUAAGUAGAUUUACAGACUCCCUUUAGUCCUUAAAAGUAGAGUCCCUUUAAUUUAAAGGCUAAUGUAAAUCGCAGAUGGUUUGAGCAUUAUUAUUAAAAAUGAUACUAAAUUAAAUUAGAAAAUAUUUCUCUAAAGUCGCUCAGGAAGCCUUAAAUCUACGACACAAGCAUAUCAAUGAACAAUUUUAACAAUACAAAUCAAAUCCCAAAAUUUUGAAUCCAAGAAAAGGAGAUAAUAUCCAACCUGAUUAAUUGAAGAAAAUGAAAUAAGAAGCCAUGCAAGAAAUUGAAAAAUUCUAAAAGAAUUACUUAUUUGAUAUCACUUUCAACACCAAAGGCUUGGUCAAAUUGUUAGGCUAAAUUAGCUAUGUGUAUGAUAACAAUGAUCUAAUAUAAUCUCCUUAAUUUUAGGAAAUCAUCAAAAGUUCCAAGGAAAAUUUAUAUCAAUUUUAAAACAUCAGGGAAUUAGCUUUGCUAUUGAAUUUCUGCUUCAAGCAUUAAUUAGGAGAUGAAAAUCUAUGGUUUGCUACUUAUUAGCACCUACUCAAUACUUAAUCUUAAAUAUAAGUGGAAGACUUACUUUUAAUCUUUGAAUCAAUCAAUGAGACAAACUUUGAAUAUCUAAAACCAAUCUUUAAGCAAUUCGAAAAUGCAAUCUUAGAAGAAGUACAAAGAAAUAAUCACAAAAUUACUAUCAAGGCACUCCAAAUUUAUCGUAAAUUUUAGCCUGAUAACAGCAACUUCUUCUAUUCUAUUAAAAAAUAGAUAAUUGAAACACUGCCUUAAACUAAUACUGAUUCAGUUCUGAAUUAUCUUAGGUAUUAUGGUUUGGGCAAUGAACCAAUUGAAGAUCGAUAAGAAAUCUUAAAUGCUAUCAUGAUUCAUCUAUAUAAAUUGUAGAAAUUCUUAAACAAAAAACAAUUGCUUUAAGUCUAUUAUACUUAUGUAAGAACACAGCUAGGAUCUGAAGUAUUAUAUCGAUUAAUUGAAGAUAGGGUUGCAUUAUUAAUAGACGAAUUUUAAUUAAAUGAAAUUGAGUAAUUGUUAAUUAUAGCUGCUAAUCAAAAGAACCAAACCAUUUUUAAACAUGCUGAAAGACUACUAAAAUAAAGAUUGCUUGACUGCAAUCCUGCUGAUCUUGUAUAGAUUGCUGUUCUUUUUAUUGAGAAUAAUUAAGGAACCCCUGAAUUUAUUGAUUCAUUAGAAUAACAUUUAAUCUAAGCCAUUUAUACAACCGAUGAUAUAACAGAAUUGCUUUGGGCCUUAGUCUAAAAAUAACAUAAUUCUAGAUGGAUGGAGAAAAUAGCAGAUGCUUGUUAAGAGAGAGUACCAAAAUUGUCUGUUAAAUAAUUGACUUCAAUUAUUUGGAUGACUAGUGAUUAUUUUAAAAGAUUAACCAAUAAACAAAAGUAAUAAUCUAAAUACAUUGAUUUGUAUGAACUUAUUGAAAAACAUUUAAUAUAAUAUUUUGAAGAAGGAGAAGUUAAGAACAGGGAUGUUGCACUUGUUAUGAAUGCAUAUAUAAGAAAUAUUCCAAUAUCCAAGGAUUUAGUAGAUUUAAUGGAGAUUUAUAUUCUUAAUUCUACAGAGGAAGAACUUUAGGAAUUAGAUGGUUGGAGUGUCUCCCAAAUCAUUUGGGGAUUUAGUUAAAUCGACGGUAAUUAUUCAUUCUACUCUUAGACUAUUAGAAUCUAAAGGAAUUUUUAAAUUUCAUGAUUAAAGUGACCAUUGAAUGUAUCGGUGAAAUGAAAAUUGAUGAACUCUUUACAGUUUUGAGAGUGUAUGUACAUGAGAAAUAAGAAACUGAAGAAAUGAUUAAAGAGGCUAUUGAAAAAACCAAUUUCUGGAUGGAUCAAUUAGACCUUAAUCAAGUUUAUUUAGGAAUUCAUAUUUUCACUAACACUUAAUUUACAAAGUAAAUUUACAUUAUUUAACUAAUUAGUCUUUAAGGAAUUAAUGAAUUAAUUAAGAAACUUUUGGAUAGACUAGAGUUCUUAAAGUCCAUAAAACCAUAAGUAGAACCAGAUGAAGAUGAAGAAAUAGACCAUGAUAAAGAAUAAAAACUAAGGCUUGAAGUAGAAAAAUAUAAAUAUUCUUGA